AUGGAAAGGCUCUUCAUCGCCGAAGCCGCCUUGGACACGACCGACAACGAAGGCAAGACGCCCGCUGAUAUUACUGCCGAUGAGGAGUGUCGCGCGCGGCUUGUGGCUGAAGCGACCUUCCGCGCGUCGUUUCCCGUGCACUGCAUCGCUCGCAAUGGCCAUGUCGCCAAGUUUCGGGACCUGCUGCCCAAAUUCGAUGGGCCUGCGAUGCGCUGGGAGGGCCGGUACUGCGACGACGGGGGGUGGAAACCCGUAGUCUGGGCUGUCAACGCCGUGGCGGUGCCCCACGAGGCGUGCUACCGCUUCGUCGGCUGUGACGUGGAUGACGCCGGCCCAUUCACGCUUUGCGGCAAAUGGUCGGGCGGCUCGAUCGAAGUGACCACGUGGCGUGAUCUCGUCUUCGAGUACAACGGCACGCUCGACGUGCACACGGGCGUGUGGAGCGGUGACAGAACCACGUAUGGCGUCAGCAAUCUAUUCCACAUGACGCUGCCGCUGCACCCCUGCCCGACGUGCAAGGAGAGCAAGGUGCUCCGCCGCGACGAGCCGUGCUUGGGUUGUCUCCCGGCGGACUGCAACAUGGGCGUCACGGAAGACACGAUCGAGGCGCGGCGGCUGCACAUGGAAGAGACGUACCAAUCCAUCGCGACCGACAUCAAGAAGCAAGACGAC